AUGCGACUUCCUGCCCCCAAGGACGAGCUGUGCGAUGCUGAACCAGCCUCCCAGGCGCUCUGUGACUCACUCUCCGAGUCUGAGAAAUGGGCAGAUACCUCCGCCUCUCUACGUUUGAGGAGCGAAUGGGGGACCACAGGAAGGCCCGACCGGCGCCCCUCCCACCCGGGCGCGCGCCGUUCAGUGGCCCCGGGACCGGACGACCGAAGGCCUUCCGGGGAGGGCCGGGCCGGGCGGAAGGAGGGGCCGCGGCGGGGAGCGCGCCGCCCGACCAUGGGGCCUGCGGCCGGGCGCGGGGCGCCGGGCCUGUGGCGCGCCUGCAACUGGCUCAUGGGCGCCUUCUUCGCGCUGGCGGCCUUCGUGCAGGUAAAUGAUCCAGAUGCAGAAGUGUGGAUGGUUGUGUAUACAAUUCCUGCCGGUCUGACCCUGCUUGUUGGACUUAACCCUCUUGUCACAGGUAACUUUAUUUGGAAGAGUGUCUCUGCAAUACACAUAUUCUUCUGUACCAUGUGGGCUGUUGGCUUGGCAUACAACCUCUUGCUUCAUACAAAACAGAACAUCUUACAUGAGGAAGAAGGCAGGGAGCUCUUUGGUCUGGUGAUUAUCACAGCAUGGCUGAGCCUGUGCCACAGCUCAUCAAAGAAUCCAGUUGGUGGAAGAAUUCAGUUGGCUAUUGCUAUCAUAGUUGCUCUUUUCCCAUUUAUCUCAUGGGUCUAUGUAUAUAUAAACAAGGAGAUGCGGUCGUCCUGGCCAACUCACUGCAAGACAGUAAUUUAAAUGAAGAAUCCUGUUCUUAAAAUGAGUUUUCAAUUUUUUGUAAACAUGAUUGUAACAUGCCAGUUUCCUAGGAAUUUAUUUCAGGUAAUUUGAGUUAAUACUAGAGAUGAUUUUUUUU